AUGAAGAGUUCGGCGCCUUUCGAUCGUCUUCUUCUCCAUCCAGAAAGAAGACGUCUUAAGAGGUUAGUAUUGACCGAGUUGAGAAGGCAAGGUCGAACUCGAUCCGAAACUGCGACUGAAAAAAAAAGUUCUCUCUGAUUUCGUCAUGGUGGAAUUUCUGUGGCUGUUGUUGUUCAGCGCCGUCGUCCGGGCCCAAUACAGUCCUCAGUCGUACCCCGAUCCCCGACUUGAUCCAGCGAGCUGCAAGACCUUAUUUCCGGGUCAGGUAUGUGAUCCUGCUGAGAUUCUGACUCCAGAACAGAGGAAUCAACUCAACGAAAAGAUACAAAACGUGAGUUAAUCGUUUCGUCCUACUCUCUUUGAUUUGUUUGUACUUUCGGGAGUUCGUUUCGGUAAUCUUUUAUUUGUAGCUACAAAGGAUCACCUCAAAUAUCAGGAACACCUCACCACCAUGCGUAAACUCACAUCAUUCCAAUUUAUAUAUCAUGAUCGCUUUAAUCGAUAAACUGGGAAUGCUUCCAUUCGAGUCCGUUUCGGUCGAGAAAUUCACAAACCUGCUCAGAUCUCGUUACAUGAACUAUCAAGUAAGUAAUGCCACGAUCUAGUUAAUUUCAUAGGAUGUUGGACUUUGUGAUACCAUGGUUUUGAUAGUGAAUUCUCGACAAGAUCGGCAAGUGUUUACGGUAGCUGGGAGGGAUGCCAAGUUGUCCCGUGAAGUGCUGCAAGAUGCUUUCCACAAAAAUCUUGUCCAUUUCCGAUCAGGGAAUUACGGAACAGGGCUUGAGGGCAUGGUCGAGCAGAUCGUUGGUGCUUAUAAUCUUGCUCACAUCAUCCAGGUUCCCCAACCCAACUUUAGUGAAGGGUGAGUGGUAUGCAACUGCAUUAUUCAUCCAGCUUCCACUUAAUUUGUCUUAUCAUAACAGGUUUAAUUUUAUUUAGAAGUUUCCAACAACUUCCUUCCACAUCCAGCGGAUCGGGCCAUUUCGUUCAUGGAGUACCUCAAAAGGUCGACGUUAAAACGGAGAAAUUCAACUUUGAUGAAGUCAAAGAAGAAGAUCAACUCUGGAUCCAGUUAUUGAUCAAAGCCAUCGGUCGAUGUGGUUACAACCAAGCUAAGGUUACUGAGUAUGUUCGAGGGACUGUCGAAGGUAGGUGGUUAUGUUCUUGAAGAUGUUGUGUUCCAGAAGCAAUGGCUCUUUCUCUCAAAUUAAUCAGUGAUCCGAGAUACAAUAAGAUAGAAGAGGAAGCCCAAGACAUUUCUUUAGGGCCCAAUGCUCGAGAUCGGGCUUGGCAAAAUGCUACCUUCAUCCAGGAACUGUAUGAUAGACAUUCAGGAGCAUUCCCUCGGAGGGCAUCACAAUGUCCGGUCUCUGAUAACUCCAAAAGGCUUUAA